AUGCUCCGACCAUCUCGAUCAGACCCUGUCCUGAUUAAACCAAGUUAUUCGGAAUUUGUCAGGAAGUGGAACAAUAUGAAAUGUAAGUUAAUUUAAGAUUGGGUUUAUCUGAAAAGGCAUAUUCUAACACAUUUAAUUGAAAAUUUUUUUGUUUAUUUCGAAAAUAUGAUAUUUUGAUAAUUGGGCUAAAUUUUGAAUUGAACUAUAUUCUGAACAUGUUUUGAAGCUACCAAAAAAGUACUCGACCUAAUUUUAUUGUAAGAAGUUCUGUUGAGAGACUACGACCAUCCACGUUUCGAAAAUUUCAGAAAAACAUUGAGUCGAUAUAGAAUUUUUCAAAAAGUCGCUUUUCAAAAUUUUAUAGAUGAUAUGUUCACUUUACCCCUGAAAAAUGACAAAACGAUUUUUCUCAUUUCAUUUUCUUCUUAAAAUCACUACUUUUAAUGAAAUGCUUUUUGUUGUUUUUAUGUGACGAAAAAAGUUCCUUUCCCAGAUACUUUGAAUGAGGAAGUGGAAGUAAAAACAAUACAUAGUGACUUCCUUUUUUUUAUUUAUGGUCAUCGAAGAGCCUCAAAACUAAUUUUUAUUUCAUAAUUGGCUUUAAUGAAAAAAGUUAUACCUUAGUGUAAAUACUUUGAGUUUUGAUUGUCUCCCUCGUAUAUAUCAAAAAGUGUCUAAAAAUAUCUACAAAAUACAGAACUAUGUCAGUACAAUUUUUAUAUUCAAAACAACAAAUUUCAUAUGUUGGCACUGUUGAUUUCUCUUUAUUUUUUUUCAUUUUCAUAUUAUUAGUCAGAAAAAUCCAAAUUUCUGGAUCAAUUCUCUUAACAUGAAACCUGACUCAAUCAAAUCCCGUGUUUUUGUUUAACACCUCCAUAAUGUGUGAUUUUUCAAGCACGCAAUUUUGUUAUUUUUCAUGACAAAGCUCAAUCAGCAAAAGACAACAAUUCAGAUUUCCUUUAUUAAUUUCUUGUUUUUCAUGUUUUCCUUUUCCCCUUAUGAAAAUCAUCAUUUUCAUUUUGAGAAAUCAAGAAUCAUAUGUUAGAAAUAAGUUAGAAAUCAAAAUCAUCUCCACAUUCUUGAGUUUAUAAAUUUUCCUAUUGAUAUGUUUUCUUUAGAAAUCUUUUUUUUUCAGAAAAAAACCUUUAUUUUUACGUCACUUUAUUUAGGGCAAGAGGAUUCAUGUGUUUUUUCUAAUUCUUUUGUUUGGGGAAGAAAAGAAGACAUAUUAACCUAUCUAUAUGUAAACAAGAUAUUGUCCUAAAAACCGACAAAAGAAAAUAAAAAUCGAAAAAUCACAUUCAUAUUCCUACAUUCAUAUCUAUUUCCAGACGAAGGAUAUUCUUUUGUUGCUCCAAUUGCGGUCGACCAACUCUACGGAAUAUUUGUGACAAUAGCUGAUGUAAGUUUAUCUCAUCUAUUUUCUGUAGCAUUAUGUUCCUUCUAUUCAUCAUAAUUAAUCCUAUAUGCCAAACAUUUUUCUUUCUUUUCAUUCCUUUUCUUUUUCAGUCUUCUAAAUCGGUUGUUUCUGCAUCUUCCCCUUCAGCACCAGGUUCUUCUGCAACGUUUUUCUCAGCACAUAACAAUUUGAAAAUGUCGAAAACUGAUCGUCAACGUCGAGAGAAAAAAUUGGCAUUCCAAUUGAAACGCCGAAAUUCGGUUCUGAUGGCGAACUGCAGAGAAGUUAUUAAUGUUCCAGGUAUGUUAUUUUUCUCUAGUAUGAUAAAAAAUUAUGUAGUUUGGACACCCUUGGGAGAUUGAGCUUAUUAAUUUGAUUUGAUUUGUUGGUCGGUUUUUGGUAAACAAUGUUGUCAUCCUAAAAAUCUGAAUGACACACCUUUUUUGAAAACUAAAAAUAGAUUUGUAUUUGUUGAAAAAACAACUCUCAAAGCGGACCUAUGUCUUAUCAGUUAAAUUAAUCCCACAAGUCGUAAUGUUUCGUUUGUUCUCUAGUAAGGGAAUUGUGAAAAAGUUCAAUUCACAAAAAAUGUCAUAAAACAUAAUAAGUGAAAAAAGUUGUUCUAAAAAAAUUUCAACAGUUCUGAUAUUUUUAUUGAUCGAAACUGUCAAAUUUUCUUGAAAUAAUUCAAUUUCAGGUGGAAUGCGACGUGCUUGGUCAUCAGUUGAAUUGCGUGAAACAUGUUGCCAAGAAACUACAACAACAAAACGUGUCUCGUUUUCUGUCAAUCUGCCCAAAUCUUCAGCUCCAAACAAUCAUUAUGAAAUGGAUCGCGGAACAUAUGACUUGGGGCCUGCAAAGGUAAUACAAGUUGUUUUCGGACAAUCAUAGGCACAGAGUCGAUAGUGAUAAUUGAUAGUGAUAAUAAACUCUUUUCCAGAUCCCUGCUCGGCCAAUUUUGCGUCGCACAACAUAUAGUGGUGGAAAAGACAGCUUAGAGCAUAUGGAUUUCGAUAUGUUCACAGCUUGGCGACGUGGCUCAAAAAUGAGCGAUGAUUGUGAGAAAAGUCGGAAGAAGAGUAUCAAAGAGGAGGAAUCUUUGGGAAAAACUCGGAGAGAAAAAGCAUCCGAUGAUAUGUGUUGGAUUGUACGAGUUGUAAAGGUGAGCUUUAUUCUUGACUUGUAUUUUCAUGAUAUAAUAUUUAUGUGAAUUUCAGAUGGGUUUUGAUAGUUGUUUUCAACGUCGGCGAGUUACACCAAGUCCUCCGCCAACCACAAUUUCUUCAAACGACGAAUUGACAACAUCGACAACUAAUUCGGGUGCAGAUGAUGGAAUUGUAAUGGCAAACGCCGAAUAA